AUGUCGGAAAGGAAUGCAGAAUAUGUGGUUGUCAGCGGUGCUCGUCAAAAAAUUGAAACAUGGGAACCAGAAGAUUCCGAAACUAUUCAACUAAAAGCUAAAAAAUUGGCCGACAAUGCGUUAUAUAAACUUGAACAUUCUUUUAAUGAUGAAAGAAAAUUUCAAGAGUCUAUUCCGAUAUUGACACAACUUCAGGAGGAAAAAAAAGUGCUGGAAGCUAAAAAACGGUUAGAUGAUGAAAUACGCGAUCGGAAUUCACUAUCAAUUCCAUUGUUGCCUGAAUCUUCUGAAGACAUUAUGGAAGCAAAGUCAACAGAAUUUACAGACCAUCUUCUUGAACAAGCUCAAAAACGCAAGCUUGAAAUAAACACCUCCUCAAUAUUUAAUAAACCAUUAUCAAAAACCAAAAAAUCCAGAUUUCAUGCUAAUGGAUCAAAAGACAAAGUAGCACAAUUAUCAAACAUUGUUUCCGUGAAUACUAAACUUAAAACGGAUCCGUUUCUCAAAGAUAAUGACUGGAAUGGUGGUGGUACAGUGAUUGGUAAAAGUGGUGAAAUCAAUAGUGAUUUAAUUCUCAUAAAGAAAAAAGAUGUAGGUAGACAUAACGGAAAUCAAGAGACAGAUCAACAAGAAACUGUAAAAAGUCAAGCUACGGCUCGGGAACGAACAGCAGAACGAGAAAAAACUGAUGAGUACAUCGGAAUCAGUGAGCAAGACAGCAAAGAUUAA